AUGGUCAAUGUGUCUAAAGAGGCACUGCCAUCUCUCAUGCAUUUGCAUUUAGCUGACCCUAAUUUCAAUGUGUCUAAGGACAUUGAUAUGAUUCUUGGUGUUUCAUGUUUUGCAAAAUGUCUUCGAGAAGGCAAGAUCGAUCUAGGUCCAAAUAUGCCCACAUUAAUAAAUACUGAAUUUGGUUGGGAGAAAAGGUGCGAACAGAGCUACCUUGAUUCUGUGUCCAGGGAUGAAGAAGGAAGGCAAAUUCGAGUGAAACCUCAGUAUCAAGCACUUCAGCGCAUCCUGUGGAGAGAUGAUCCAUCGCAUGAUAUACAGUGUCUUCAGCUGGAUACUGUUACAUAUGGAACAGCAUCAGCCAGUUACCUUGCUACACGGACAUUGGUGAAAUUGGUUGAGGAUGAAGUGCCUCGUCUCAUGGUUAAUACUGACGCAGAGAGGGUUGAGCUUCAUGGCUUCGCAGAUAGCUCCACGAAGGCGUAUGGCUGCGUCGUGUACAUCCGCUGCAGUUGUCCUGAAAAAACUACAGUCCACUUAGUAUGUGCGAAGACAAGAGUUGCUCCUCUCAAACCUGUCACUCUGCCUAAGUUAGAACUUUGCGCUGCACUGUUGCUUGCUAAGCUUAUGAGCACUGUUUCCAAGACUUUAAAUAUUAGUUCUGAGAACUCAUUCUAUUGGACUGACUCCAUGAUUACCCUGUGUUGGAUACAGAGUGAUCCCGCUAGACGAGAUGUUUUUGUAUCGAAUAGAGUUGGCCAAAUACAAAAUUUGUCUCCUAAAGACAAUUGGUUUCAUGUAAAGUCUUCAGAGAACCCUGCUGACAUGGCUUCACGUGGUUUGGAACCACAGGAUCUUUCCAAUUGCAAAUUAUGGUUUAAUGGACCUAACUGGCUUUUUCAAAGUGACUCACCUUGGCUUCAUUCACCUCAAGUGUUUUCUCAGGAUGACUCAGUGGGUGUUGACACUUGUAAUGACAUGCCAAGUGUAGCACUACCUACCUUUGAGGAGACUAAAAACGAUUUUCUUGAAUUAUUUGAGAGAUAUUCGUCUUGGAGUCGAUUGGUUAGAGUCAUGGCCUAUGUACGUCGAUUUAUUAACAAUAUGAAAAAUGCUAAAUCUAAAAUCACUGAAUUUCUCACAAGUAAGGAGCUUAAUCAAGCAUCAAGUUGUAUCAUCAAAUGCGUGCAGCAUGCUCAUUUUCAAAAAAAUGCUAAUGGUAAUGUUUCCUCGGAACUUGGUUCUGGUUCUAAGUCUUUGAAGUUUUUAAACAUAUUUUCAGAUGGCGAAGGAAUGUUGCGCGUGGGUGGUCGCUUACGUUAUGCUGAUAUCCCUGUUGAUCAAAAAUUUCCAUUGCUACUGCCAGCACGUUGUCAUGUCACUGACUUGUUGAUUAGGUAUGAGCAUGAGAGGUUGUUGCAUGCUGGAACGCAGACGACUUUGUCCAGUUUACGAAGAUUUGUGUGGCCGCUAAACGCUCGAAAUUCUGUGCGUCAUUUCAUACACAAGUGUGUACGUUGUUACAGGUUUAAGGCAUAG